AGCAGCGUUGUUUCCCCUCCGAACUAGAGACGGCGCUCGCGCCGACUAUAGGACCGGAAACAACAGUGCUCAUUUCCAGUCUCUAUGGCUCCUUACCCGACAGACUUCUCUUUCCUGGCGGUCGUCCAGGCUACGAGGCCUGGCGUGGAGAACGACUGAAGAGCGGCUAGAGAGGCAGGCUUUGGGGUUGCCGGGAGCGGCUGGCGGCCGACUAUCGCUUCCGGCGACUGAGCACGAGGAUUAGGUGUUCUGGCCUAGCGGGAAAAUGCGGCCUUUGACUGAAGAGGAGACCCGUGUAAUGUUCGAGAAGAUCGCGAAAUAGUAAGAGCGCGCGGGAACGAAGAAUGUGUGUGAUGGGUAGGGGCGUGGGUGGCGGGGCCGCAGUGCCGGGACAAUUCAGUGCGGGCGCUGCCUCCCGCCCUUAUUCUAUCCUCAGCAUCGGGGAGAAUCUUCAGCUGCUUGUUGACAGACCCGACGGCACGUACUGUUUCAGACUGCACAACGACCGGGUGUACUAUAUGAGUGAGAAGAUCUUGAAGCUGGCCGCCAACAUUUCUGGGGACAAGCUGGUGUCGCUGGGGACCUGCUUCGGAAAAUUUACUAAGACCCACAAGUUCCGGUUGCACAUCACAGCUCUAGAUUACCUUGCGCCCUAUGCCAAGUAUAAAGUGUGGAUAAAACCUGGAGCAGAACAGUCCUUCUUAUAUGGGAACCAUGUGCUGAAAUCUGGUCUCGGUCGAAUUACUGAAAAUACCUCUCAGUACCAGGGAGUUGUGGUGUACUCCAUGGCAGACAUCCCUUUGGGUUUUGGGGUGGCAGCAAAGUCUACACAAGACUGCAGGAAAGUAGACCCCAUGGCGAUUGUGAUAUUUCAUCAAGCAGACGUUGGGGAAUACGUGCGACACGAAGAGACGUUGACUUAAAAUCAUCGCAAGGACUUGUGGCUGUGUGGAAGGGCCUGGGUUUGUUUCCUGUGUCUGUGUAGGUGCCAUCGUCGUGUUGAGUUUUGUCAACAGUUUGACCUCUUCAGGGACUUCCUGGUUUAAUGUUCUCUCUAUUGGCAAAUGCAGGCUGGAUUCUUGCUAUACAGAAAUGGUUCAAAAAUGAGGUUUUAGAUAUUUGUGUUUGUGACUAAAUAGAAUAAUAUGUUUUUUAUUUGAAUCAGAGGGCUUUUCUUGUUCUUCAUCUUUGAAACUAAGGACAAGAGUAGCUUAUUACUGUUAUCUGUGAUAACACUUUGCUUUCCACACUAAUGAUAAGAUCAUGAUGGAUUUCUCUGUUAUUUCUUAAUAUUAUGGAAGAUAUUGUCAUGUCAGAACAGUAGGCCAUAGUUGGGAUUUUACGGAUGAGAUUUGGCAAAAUAAUAAGAGCAAUUUAUUCUAUUUUUGUAUAUAGUAAGUGCUGUGUGAUGUGGAAAAAAACCUGGAUCCAAACCCUAAUUUUAUUGCUUACCAUCACUAUAGCCUUGGACAAGUCAUUCAGCUUUUCUAAGCUGUUAUGUUUUAUUUAAGAACAGCUUUAAUCAUCUACCUAUGUAGUUUUUAAAAUUGGAGGUCAUGAUCGUAAGCACCUAGCACAGUGCCUGGCAAGCGGUAGAUGUUCAAUAAAUAUUUUCAUAUUGCGUGUA